GAUCUGUCAGCGGGUGGAGGCCAGCCGGGCACAGCUUCAGGCAGUCGGUGAGAGAGUCACGCUCGCCCAAGCGAAGAUUGAGAAGAUAAAGGGCAGCAAGAAGGCUAUUAAGGUAUUUUCCAGUGCCAAGUAUCCAGCCCCUGAACGACUGCAGGAGUACAGUUCAAUUUUUGCUGGUGCAGAAGACCCAGCUAAACAGAAAUGGCCAAGACACAAGAUUCAGAGCAAACACCGAAUGCUGGAUGAGAAAGCUUGGCAGGAGAAGCUCAAGUACUUCCCUGUGUGCUUGAGCACCAAAAUUCACCAGGAGGAUGACGCAGAAGAAGGCCUUGGCAGCCUCCCCAGGAACAUCAGCUCCCUCAGCUCCCUGCUGCUCUUCAACACCACCGAGAACCUGUACAAGAAGUAUGUUUUCCUGGAUCCUCUGGCUGGAGCAGUGACCAAGACCCAUGUGGCUCUGGAAACAGAGACAGAAGAGAAGCUCUUUGAUGCUCCCCUCUCCAUCACCAAAAGGGGACAGCUGGACCGACAGGUAGCUGAAAAUUACUUCUAUGUGCCAGACCUGGGCCAGGUCCCUGAGAUUGAUGUGCCAUCCUACCUGCCGGACCUGCCUGGCAUUGCUGCAGAUCUCAUGUACAGUGCUGAUCUGGGCCCCGGGAUCGCACCGUCUGCCCCUAGCAGUGCUAUUCCAGAGCUGCCCACUUUCAACACUGAGUCAGUGGAGCCUUUGCAACCAGACCUUCAAGAUGCUGAGCUAUUGCUGCCUCCUCCACCACCACCUCCCCCACCACCUCCUGUUAUGCCAGCUACCGUGCCUCCUCCGCCGCCCCUGCCCCAGCCCACAGCCCGCUCUGAGCCAGCCCAGGCAGCAAGCGAGGAGAGCAGCAAUGCAGUGCCUGCAGCUUCAGUCCAGGGAGCCCCGAAGGAGGUGGUGAACCCCUCUACUGGGCGUGCCAGUCUCCUGGAGUCCAUCCGCCAGGCUGGUGGCAUUGGCAAGGCCAACCUCCGCAGUGUCAAGGAGAGGAAGCUGGAGAAGAAGAAGCAGAAGGAACAAGAACAAGUGAGAGCUACGGGACAAGGUGGAGAUUUGAUGUCAGACCUCUUCAACAAACUGGUGUUGAGGCGCAAAGGUAUUUCAGGGAAAGGGCCUGGCACCUCCGGGAAUCCCGAUGCUCCUGGAAGUCCUGCUGGGGCCUUUGCGCGUAUGUCGGACUCGAUACCACCCCUCCCACCCCCACAGCAGCCUGUGGGUGAGGAGGAUGAGGAUGACUGGGAGUCAUAGAUGGGGUCAGUUGAGCAUCAGUGUGAAUCCCAGGACUCU